UGUGCGUGUGUGCGCCAUUUGGGGAGCGCCGUCAUGGAAACGCGGGCAGGAAAUCAGCGCUGCCAAAAUCCCCAUUCCUGGGAUACUCAUUAAAACCAUUUUUUAAUAAAAGAAGCUUUCUGCUGGAAAUAAGAGCCGACUGGAGACACACUCACACACCCUGGGAUCAUUUGUGUGUAUUAAACCUGCUGGAUUUCUCACAUCUCUAUAUUUAAACUCCUUAUUGUUGGUGGAUCUACUUCAUUUUUGUCGGGUUUUUUUUUUUUAUUUCCCCCCCGACUUGUGUUUCAGGACGUUUUCAGUGACGUCCAGAGGUUUUGUUUAAUCUUAAUCAGUAUUGAUGAUGUGUUUAAAUAGCAACACGACAUGUAGAUGAGGAUAAACAAAGGAGAAGACGAGAUGUUCCAGCGUUUCUGCUCAUUUCUCACAGUGUGACUGCAGGACGUUCUGCGUCUCCGUUGUGCGCUUCUUUAUUAUAGGGGAAUUUAUUAUAGAAGAGAAAAAGAAAAAAAAAUGAGUCCGGAUUUGUUAAGCUGAGCUCUUUUUGGAGGUUGUGGAAAUCGUUUAGAAUUCCAUCUCGUUUUUUUAUCUCGUUUUUUUUGUGUGUGUAAAUGGAGAAAAUGGACAGCGAGGUAUUCACACCUCAGCUUGAGCAAUUUCUGCUCACUCCUCUGGUGGCAUGGGUGAAAACGGUGGUCCAGCCAAGCCUGAGCGACCCAAGCAGUCUUUCCCUGUACAUGGAGUUAGUGGAUGGUUGCUACCUCAAUGAGGUCAUGCUGAGGAUAAAUCCCAAAGCUUCCAGCCAGAGAGUGAACAAGAAAGUGAACAAUGACGCAGUGUUGCGUGUCCAGAAUCUGUCCAUCCUCAUACGCCACAUCAAAACAUACUAUCAGGAGACCCUGCAGCAGCUGGUGAUGAUGCCUUUGCCCAACGUGCUGGUGCUCGGCAGAACGCCGCUCACUGAGCAAGGCCUGGCUGAGGUGAAGAAACUGCUCCUGCUGCUGCUCGGGUGUGCUGUUCAGUGCGAGGAAAAGGAAGAGUACAUCGAGAGGAUCCAGACGCUGGAUUUUGACACGAAAGCGGCCAUCGCGUCUCACAUUCAGGAGGUCACUCAUGAUCAAGAGAAUGUUCUGGACAUACAGUGGCUUGAAGGGGGAGAAUCUCCACCUGAGGAUCUUGACUCGCUUUCCAGAAACCUGGCUUUCCAUCUCAGACGCCUGGUGGACGAGAGAGAUGAGCAGCUGGAGACGAUCGUGGAGAUGACCCAGGAGAGAGACUGCGGUCAGUGUGCUCCUCCUCCUUCUCUGCCACCCUGCGCCCAGUCCCCUGGUGACUCACCCAACAUGCGGCGCACCGAGAGCAGGCAGCACCUCAGUGUGGAGCUGGCAGACGCCAAGGCCAAGAUCCGACGCCUCCGCCAGGAGCUUGAAGAGAAAAGCGAGCAGUUACUGGACUGCAGGCAGGAGCUGGAGAACCUGGAGAAAGAGCUGAAGAGGAUCCAGCAGGAGAACCAGCAGCUGCUGUCUGAGGCGCGCUCUGCGAGGGCGUACCGCGACGAGCUGGACGCUCUGAGGGAGAAGGCCAUCCGGGUGGACAAGCUGGAGAGCGAAGUGAGCCGUUACAAAGAAAGACUCCACGACAUUGAGUUUUACAAAGCCAGAGUCGAGGAGCUGAAGGAGGACAAUCAGAUCCUGCUGGAGACCAAGACUAUGUUGGAGGACCAGCUGGAAGGCUCUAGGGCUCGUUCAGAUAAACUACACGAGCUCGAGAAGGAGAAUCUGCAGUUCAAAGCCAAAAUCCAUGACAUGGAGAUGGAGCGAGACAUGGACAGGAAGCGUAUCGAGGAGCUGCUGGAGGAGAACCUGACGCUGGAGAUGGCUCAGAAACAGAGCAUGGACGAGUCCCUGCACCUCGGAUGGGAGCUGGAGCAGCUUUCCAAAACCACACCCGAGGUCACUGAGGUUCCUCAGAAGUCUCUGGGCCACGAGGUGAAUGAGCUGACAUCCAGCCGCCUCCUGAAGCUAGAGAUGGAGAACCAGGCACUACUGAAGACGGUGGAGGAGCUGAAGGGUCGCGGUGAGGCCGAAACACGCCUCCUCAAGGCUGAAAAGGAGAACCAGAGACUCAGCCUGAAGCUGGAGCAGCUGGAGAACGUGGCGCAGUCAGACAGGGAGAGUCUGCGCAGUGCUGAGACCCUGAGCUCAGACCUGAUGAAGGAGAAAUCUCAGCUGCAGAAAACCCUGGAGACUCUGAGGGAGAACCUGGAGAGACAGGUGAAGGGGCUUGAGCAGGAGAACAAGCACUUAAACCAGACCAUCAUGUCCCUCAGGCAGCGCUCUCAGGUCAGUGCUGAAGCCCGGGUCAAAGACAUAGAGAAGGAGAACCGCGUCCUACACGAGUCCAUCAAAGAGACCAGCGGCAAGCUCAACAAGCUCGAGUUCGAGCGCAAGCAGCUCCGUAAAGACAUGGAGUACUACCAGGAGAAAGCUGAGAAGACAGAAGAGCUUGAGACGGAGGUCCAGCGCAUGGAACGCGAGAACGAGGGUCUGCAAAAACGUGUGGCAAGCCUCGGGAUCACCUGCGAGAAGGUGGACGCCUUGGAAAAGGAGAACGCUGAACUGGAGGCAGAGAGCAGAAGGUUGAAGAAGAAGAUCGAUGGGUUGAGGAACGCAUCCCUGCAGCUGGAAGCAUUAGAGAAAGAGAAUGCCCAGCUGGAAGAGGAGAACCUGGAACUGCGGCGUACAGCUGAGAGUCUGAGAUCCGCGGGAGCCAAAGCCGCUCGACUGGACCAGGAGAACCGAGAGCUGGAGAGCGAGAAGAAUCAGAUGCAAAGAAACCUGGAGCUGCUGAAAGCUUCAUCCAAGAAAACCGAACGCCUUGAACUCAGCUACCAAGGUCUGGACUCUGAGAACCAGCGACUCCAGAAAGCUCUGGAGAAUAGCAGGCGUAAAAUCCAACAGCUGGAAGGAGAGCUCCAGGACCUGGAGAGCGAGAACCAGAGCCUUCAGAGAAGCCUGGAGGAGCUGAAGAUCUCCAGCAAGCGUCUGGAGCAACUGGAAAAAGAGAACAAAGUGCUGGAGCAGGAGAGCUCACAGCUGGAGAAAGACAAGAAGCAGCUGGAGAAGGAGAACAAGCGCCUGAGACAGCAGGCUGAAAUCAGAGACUCCAAACUAGACGAGGAUGGUCAGAGGAUCUCGCAGCUGGAGAAGGAAAACCGUGUGCUGAGCAAGGAAGUCAGCACCCUGCAGGACUCCUAUAACCGUGUCAAAGAUCUCGAGAGGGACAACAAGGAGCUGGUAAAGCAAGCCACCAUUGACAAGAAGACACUGGCCACACUCCGAGAGGAGCUGGUGAGCGAGAAACUGAAGAGUCAGCAAACGAUUAACGAUCUGGAAAAACUGACACACGAGCUGGAGAAGAUGGGCCUGAAUAAAGAAGGACUGCUUCAUGAUGAACAGAGCUCUGCUGCAAGGUUCAAGCUGCUGGAGUCGAAGCUGGAGUCCACGCUGAAGUCCUCUCUGGAGAUUAAAGAGGAGAAGAUCGCCGCCCUGGAGGCCAGAUUGCAGGAGUCUUCCAACCUUAACCAGCAGCUUCGACAGGAACUCAAAACAGUGAAGAAGAACUACGAGGCUCUUCGUCAGAGGGAAGAGGAGGAGCGCAUGGUGAACAGCUCGCCCUCUAGAGGAGGGGAGGACUCACAGAGCGUCAGGAAAUGGGAAAAGGAAAGUCAUGAAGCCACUCGAGAGCUGCUGAAGGUCAAAGAUCGACUCAUAGAGGUGGAGAGGAACAAUGCCACUCUUCAGGCGGAGAAGCAGGCACUGCGUACACAGCUGAAGCAGCUGGAGACUCAGAGCAAUAACCUCCAGGCUCAGAUCCUGGCGCUGCAGAGACAAGCAGCCUCACUGCAGGAGAACAACACAGCACUACAGACUCAGAACGCUAAACUCCAGGUGGAGAACUCGACGCUGAACUCUCAGAGCGCGGCGCUCGUAGCUCAGAACGCUCAGCUACAGAGUCAGCAGUGCAGUGCAGAGAGCGAGCGAGACGGCGCAGUGCGGGAACGUGAGGAGCAGCGAUCCACCUACGAGCUUCUGCUGAGGGAUUACGAGAAGCUAACGGCUCUGCACGAGCGCCAGGCAGCCGAGUACGAAGCUCUGAUCGGCAAACACGGAGGGUUGAAGAGCGCACACAAGAGCCUGGAAGUGCAGCACCGAGACCUGGAGGACAGGUACAACCAGCUGCUAAAGCAGAAGGCACAGCUGGAGGAGCUGGAGAAGGUUUUGAAGGCUGAGCAGGAGAAGAUGUUGUCAGAGAACCAGAGCCACCAGGCCACAGCGGCCGAGUAUCACAAACUGAAGGAAGAAAACGACAAGUUGAACACGACGUACCAACAGCUGCUGAAAGAUAACGAGGGCCUGCAAGCCGACCACAAGAACCUAAAGAGCCAGCUGAACGCUGCUAAACUGGAGCAGACGCGCCUGGAGGCCGAGUUCUCCAAGCUGAAAGAACAGUACCAACAGCUGGAUAUCACCUCCACCAAACUCACCAACCAGUGUGAGUUGCUGAGUCAGCUGAAAGGGAAUCUGGAAGAAGAGAACCGUCACCUGCUGGACCAGAUCCAGACCUUGAUGCUGCAGAACCGGACCCUGCUGGAGCAGACCAUGGAGAGCAAAGACCUGUUCCACGUGGAGCAGAGACAGUAUAUAGACAAACUAAACGAGCUGAGGAGACAGAAGGAGAAGUUGGAGGAGAAGAUCAUGGAUCAGUAUAAAUUCUAUGACCCCUCACCCCCCAGGAGAAGGGGCAACUGGAUCACGCUGAAGAUGAAGAAGCUGAUCAAGCCGAAGAGCCGCGAGCGAAUGCGUUCCCUCACCCUCACGCCAUGCCGCUCUGAGUCCAGCGACGGCUUCCUGACGGCUCCUCAGGACAGUCAAGACAGCUCGUCCAUGGGCUCUGGGUCACUCGACGACCCUCUGAGUCAAAAGAGGAGCGGCACACUGAAAAAGCUGCCCUUUAUGAGGAACAGGUCCAAGGACAAAGACAAAGUGAAGGCCAUCUAUCGGCGCUCCAUGUCAAUGAACGAUCUACUGCAGUCCAUGGCAUUAGCUGGUGCUGGUCAGUGGAGCGGAAGUACGGAUCACCUGGAGGCCCCUGAGGACCCGGUGUGUGCGGGUGGGAGCCAGAGAAUGAAGGAGCUGGCAUACUCCACAACGGCUAUUGACUACACCACCCUCAGCAACAAGCACAAGCUCAAGAACAAAGAUAACGUCUCCUGCGAGGACGUCACUCCAACCUCUUCAGAUGAGCAGAGUGGCGUUCGAAGCCAAGGUGCGCUGAACGGCAGCGUGAGCAGACCUCAGAGCGAGAGCAGUGGGGAGUUCAGCCUCAGUCUGGACGCAGAGGUUUGGUCAAGCGAAAGCAGCCCGGUGCAGAGGUCAGCGCAACACAGCCAGAGGAGGAGGAGCAGCUCUCACGCCAACGAGUCUGGCAGCCAGGACAACAUGAGCGCAGAAUCUCCACGUCUAACCAGAGCGUCUGAUCCUGUGCAGAAGGAGCGCACCAAGGGGCGGGGAAUCCUGCGGUCUGCCAGCGGAAAGGCCACGCCCACCGAGCCCAAAGCAGGCCGACCGAGCCUGCGUAAGGCCGAGAGCACUCGGGUGAAGGGCCCCAGUCAGCCCAGGUUAGGCCUGAGUGCUCAGGCAAAAGCAACAUCUGUGUGCGAGCGCCUGGAUGCCUCGUCCUCUUCCUCCGGUCUUCCUCGUGCCAGCAGUGUCAUCUCCACAGCCGAGGGCAGCACGCGCCGAUCCAGCGUCCACGACAUGCUGGCCAAGGACGCACGCGAGCCUGUCUCUGUGGAUCCGUCACCCUCGAAGAGUCAGGCUGCAUCCAGUGAGUACCCAAAACCCCUGCCCAAAUCGGCCAGCGUGCCCUGCACCGGCCGUGUCCCAAACGCAGACGACCCCGAGCUGUCCACUCUGCAGGAGUUCUUGGGCCCCUCCUUCACCGUAGAGUCCGUCUUCCUGGACUCCAUCUUUAGCGAGCCAGCGUUUUCCAGCAGCACCAGGAACCAGGCCUUCCUCUCACUCAAUACGUCACUCGUUAGUAACAUCAGCGGCCCGCCCCUCAAACCCAAACCCAAUCACAGUCACAAUCAGCAGAACGACAGCAAGGUAGAUGGGCGGGGCAAAGAUAAUAAUCCUGACCAAUCCGCUCCCUUGAGUUCAGAGGACAGCCAAUCGCUCUGGUACGAAUACGGCUGUGUGUAAACCUGCGGGACCAUGUGACCUCAUUUCCUGUCUGGUGACGGUCGAGCACCUGCAUGAACCCGUGCUUCCUUAUCCAUUUAUUUGGCUUUAUUUGUGUUUUGUUGCUGACUCAUCACCGCACCCACCCUCGCUCUCGCCCUGUCUUUGGUUCUGAUUACGUACAAAUCCCUCUGUUGGACUUGUUGAAUGUCUGCAUGCUUAUUAUGUCUCAUGUCCUGCAAUUCCGUGUUCCUUUGUUGAGAUGUACAAUAAUCAUCCUGCCAUGAUUAUUCUAUAAGGAUCACAAAAUGGAAAACUUUUUAAAAAUUUUUUUUUAUUUUAUCAUUUCAUCUUCCUCCUAAUUUAUAUUGUAAACUCUGACUACAUUUUGCUUGUUCACAAAAAUCCAAAAGAAACCUGAUCUACUUUGAUAUUUAAAUAAAGCAAUUAGGCUUGUGGAGCAUGUCCCAUGAUGCUCUUUUCUUAUCGAGAUUAUUUGAAGCACUAACACGUGUCCACUUACUGAUUCGUUUCUUCUAACCUGCUAGAUUUCCUGGCUGUUAUUCUAUUUCAUUUUUUUGAGGUUGUGAUUUAUUCAUGCCUAUUAUUCGGGGCUUGGUAUCUGGGACGGUGUUACAUAAACGGGUCUCACACAAUCAUGGCUGAGUCAUUGUCUCGCUUUCCCUCCCCUCACGCCGUCAAUCCCUUGAUUCCAUUCCGAUUGCUUCAGUCGAAAAGAAGCAAUGACGUCACGCUGAUUUUGUUUUCUUCCCUGUUUUUGUUUGCUUCUUGCUGUGCGAUCGAGCUGUCAGCUGAGGUUUAACCACAUUCCUAACGGCUUUACACACUCGGCCCAAAACUUGGAUCGACGUAGCAACUAUCUAUUAAUUCUUUUAUUAUUUAAGGCCAAGGAAAGUUUAACUUUGAUCAUUUCACUGAUUUUAUAAAAGCAAACAGUGAACAAUAAAUAAUAUUAAAAGCUCUUCAGUGGGACAUAAUCACGUUAAAUCUAAAUGAAUCGCUUGGCCGAAAAAAAAAUGAGCUCAAACGAUAAAAAGACAAACAAAUGACCAUUCAAAUUUUUGUUGCAACACAAAUCAAAGUGC